AGCAGGUCAAAUGGUGUUGAGAUCAAUCUGCAUGAUUUGGCUCAAAACAUUUUGCAUGACUACGUGCAGUUCAGACAUUUUGUUUUGCUUUUUUCACAGUUUUGCUUGAACGUCAGUGUAAAGCCAGUGUUGAUUCCUCUCUUACUCGGAUCAAUAAAGGCCAAAGUUAAGAUCCAAAUGGCUAAUUGAGCCACAUAAGUAUUUUUGCUGCUGUUUCACUGAUGAACUACUGGGCCUUAGCUUUAACCAGCUUAAGCAGUAGCUACUAUUUGCUCAAUCCCUUUCUCCUAACUCUUAAGACUGCAGCCUGCAAGCCCGCACCUGAUACAAACAUCUUUUGAAAGGUCCAGCCUCAAUCAGACGCAAAGAUGUGCGACCAGACGUUUUUGGCCAUCACGUUUGGCCCGUGUGAUAGCUGCAGUCAGAACAAACCUCUGUUGAAUAUAUAUCUGAAGAAUGAGCCCAUCAACUACUGCUCCUUGUGUGUGGAGCUGAUGGCCUGUCAGGGACUAGCGAAGGGUGAAACCAUCCACACGCUGAAAGCGGAGUCUGAGACUUUGAAAGUCAGACUAGAAGAGGAGAGAGCUAAACUACACGACGUCGAGCUGCAUCAAGUGGCAGAGAAGAUAGAGGCUCUGGGUCAAUUUGUCAUGAAGACCAGGAGAACCCUAAAAGGACAUGGAAAUAAAGUGCUGUGCAUGGACUGGUGCCGGGACAAGAGAAGAAUCGUCAGCUCCUCUCAGGAUGGAAAAGUCAUUGUGUGGGAUGCAUAUACAACCAAUAAGGAGCAUGCGGUCACUAUGCCCUGCACCUGGGUCAUGGCUUGUGCUUAUGCCCCUUCCGGCUGUGCUGUAGCUUGUGGUGGUUUGGAUAAUAAAUGCUCCGUCUAUCCUCUUUCUUUGGAUAAAAAUGAGAACUUGGCAGCUAAAAAGAAAUCUGUGGCCAUGCACACCAACUAUAUGUCUUCCUGCAGCUUCACCAACUCUGACAUGCAGAUUCUGACAUCAAGUGGUGAUGGGACAUGUGCAUUAUGGGAUGUUGAGAGUGGGCAGCUGCUGCAGAGUUUCCAUGGUCACUCAGCUGAUGUUCUUUCAUUGAACCUCGCACCCUCUGAAACAGGAAACACCUUUGUAUCAGGGGGCUGUGAUAAGAAGGCUAAUGUGUGGGACAUGCGCUCGGGACAGAAUGUUCAGUCUUUUGAAACGCAUGAGUCCGACAUCAACAGUGUGAAGUAUUACCCUAGUGGAGAUGCUUUUGCAACUGGAUCUGAUGAUGCUACGUGUCGUCUGUAUGACCUGCGAGCUGACCGUGAGGUUGCCAUCUACUCCAAAGAGAGUAUCAUAUUUGGAGCCUCUAGUGUGGACUUUUCCCUCAGUGGCCGAUUGCUGUUUGCAGGACAUAAUGACUACACCAUUAAUGUCUGGGAUGUCCUGAAAGGUACCAGAGUGGCAAUUCUCUUUGGCCAUGAAAAUCGGGUCAGCACCGUCAGAGUGUCCCCUGAUGGGACUGCGUUCUGCUCAGGAUCAUGGGAUAACACUUUGCGGAUCUGGGCUUGAAGAGUUCUUCUACACCAGCGUGAGAAGAUAUUUGUACUUUGGCUUCUCAGUAUCACAGCACACAGUGGGGAUGAUCUAGAGAUCCUGAUUUUUUUAUUAUAUUAGCACAAUUAGAUGUCUCUUUUCCUUGGCUUCUCACCAAAAUAUAUAUAUAUAUAUAUAUAUAUAUAUAAUAAUAAUAUAAAAUACAGUAUUUGAAAAGGAUUGCCGUUCAAGAAUUAGUUUGUAAAAUAUUUUUUUAAAUUAAAAACGUAAAUGUUUUAAUAUAAUUAUCUAUACUUUUGUAGGUAUAUUUUAUGGUAAUGAUUUAAAGAGAAUUGAUUUCAGUAGGCUCACUUGUACAUUUGGUCUAGAUCAAAUACGCAUAUAUCAUAUAUCAAUUCAAGUUUAUUUGUAUAGCGCUUUUCAGGAUACAAAUCGUUAAAAAGCAGCUUUACAGGAAAUGACGUUUCUACAAUAUAUUUAGUAGUAGCUUAUCAGUGGUGACUAUGUCAAGUUGGUGUACAAAUUUACUUUCAUGAAUGAAAUGUUCAUGUUUUGCUUGCACUAGAAUUUCAAAAAAAAAAAAUAUAUAUAUACAUAGAUAAGUGUUUAAAGUGCAUGUUUUUUGUUUUGUUUUGUUUUUUUUGCAUCAAGUGUAAUAUAAUCAACAUUUAAUAAUCACAGUUAGCUGAUUGAUUUGUUUGUCCACAUUAGUAUUGUUAGCAGUUUCCUGAAAAUAUGUUUUCUAUUGUUUGGUGUUUAUAAGUGUUAAAUAUUGCCACUGUAUUCGGGAGAAUUAAAAGUAUUUUCCUGUUUUUGUGUUUGUUUGAGUGUUUAUAACUACUGUGUGAUAAACGAGUUAAAUACUGAAAUGUAAACACACUUAAAAAAAAUUAUAAAUAAAAUAAAUAUUCGUCAAAACAUAAUUGG